UGCACAGGAUGCUGAGCUGAAAAGCUGAUUCUGUGCAUUUAACCAGCAUGGACAGCUCCAUUACGCUAACCUAGCAUAUAUUGCAGUAUAUAAAAAGGGAACCAUUUUCACUAAAAGCUGCAAAGGAAAAGGCACCAGCCUCACAAUGGAGCGUGCUCUUCAUUCACCUGGACGGACACGGGAAGAGUACCGGUACCAAACGGCACGUCCGUCAUCCCAGCUCACUUCAAGGUCUGCCUUCAGCUUUGGGUCUACAGCACCGCUGAGAGGUAAUGCAAUCCUUAGAGAGUUCGCCGCUAAUCCGGCCGAAAGCUUCGAUUUUUCAAACAAAUAUGCAGGUGGAAAGAAUCUGAGGAAAAUCAGUGAGAAAGAAUUACUGCAGGGGCUCAAUGACCGCUUCGCCGGAUUCAUCGAGAAGGUCCAUCACCUGGAAAACCAAAACAGAGCGCUAGAGAAAGAAAUCGAGGAUAUUAGACAGAGAGCAAAAUCCUCUGGCUCUCUGUCCAAAGAGUAUGACCCAGAACUUAGUAGUCUGAGGCAGCAAGUUCAUGAGAUAGGCCUUCAAAAGCAUAAAAUUGAGACAAACCGCCAGAACCUGGAGCAAGAGUUUAACACUUUGAGAGAAAAGUACGAGGGAGAGGCUCGUGGUCGAGGCUAUGUGGAGGACAGCAUAUCAGUACUAAAGAAUUGCAUCAGUGAUGCAUACCUAGCCAAACAAGAGAUGGACAGGAAAGCUAAAGCUCUCGAAGAGGAGAUAAGCUUCUUGAAGAAAAAUCACGAAAGCGAGGUAGCCGAAAUGAUGGCUCAAAUCCAAGAGGGUCACGUGACAGCAGAAAUACGUGAUUUUAGUAGAAGUGAUGUCACUGCAGCUCUGAGAGACAUCAGGAUGCAACUCGAAGGUCACACGGACCCUGACAUCCAAUAUGCUGAGGAACGCUUUCGAGCGCAGCUCGCUAAACUGACCAAAGCUGCUGAGGUCAACAGAGAAGCCCUCAUGGCCACUAAAGCAGAGAUUAAUGAACACCGGAGACAGCUCCAGUCCAGGAACAUUGAGCUCGACUCUGUGAAUGGAGUGAGGGAAGCUCUGGAGAGGCAGCUGUUUGACCUCGAGCAACGGCACAAUGCUGAAAUCCAUCACUACCAGGACACAAUCAGAGAGCUGGAAUUUGAGCUGAAAAAUGCUAAAUGUGACAUGAGCAGUCAUCUGAGGGAGUACCAGGACCUUCUCAAUGUCAAAACGGCACUGGACACUGAAAUUUAUUCCUACAGAAAACUUCUGGAGGGUGAAGAGUCAAGGUACUCCACAAUCUCAGAUGCUCACAUUUCAGUACCAUACAUGUACAGACAGUCACCCAUCUAUACUGUCCCUUGUGUCAAAAGGCAGGGGGGAGCAACUCAAAAAGCAGAGCCUCAGUACAAAUUUGUUGAAGAGAUUAUUACAGAGAUCACCAGAGAAGAUGUGGAGAUAUCAGACAGUGGCUCUGAAAAGAGUGUGGAGGGAAGAGAGGGUGACAAACCAGACGAGAAGAGUGGUGAGAAAGAUGCACAGGGUGAAACUCCACAAGUGGCGAAAGAUACUGAAGAACCAGCCAGAGUGAAUGGCAAUGAAACCAAUCCUGGGUUAGAGACAGAGGAAACUGAAGUCGAACCAAGUGUUGAAAAAGAAGAUGAGCCAGCUGAUUCUGAGGUACAAAAAGAUGCUGACUCUGAACCAACCCAGGACUCUACAGAACAAGCCACUGAUGAACAAGAUAAAGAUGAGGAGCACAAAGACCUGAAGAAUGACGUGCAGGGAAAGGUAGAAAAACCUGAGGAGGAAAAUAAACAAGCUAAAGAGACAAAGAAAGAUGUCCCCAAACCAGAUUUGUCAGAAAAUCAAGAAAUGCCAGAGAAAUCAGAAAUUGUACCAAAAGACAAACCAUCUCAAGAACCAAAGGAUCCUGAAGCAACAACUGAGGUUAAACCUAAGCCUGAUGGGCAGACUGUUGGGGUAACUUCUCCAAAAACUGAAGAUGCUAAAAUCUCAUCUAAAGAAUCUACAACUGCAAAAUCAACCGAGAAAGAGAAAGAAUUAGCUCCAGUGCAGCCUGUGGAGGAAGAUACUCCCAAACCAGAUAAACAAGCAUCUCCCGAACAUACGGAGAGUGGAAAACAGACUACUGGAGAGGACACUUCUUCAAAAAGAGACAAACCUGACACUGUAAAGGAAGACACUAAGAAAUAUGAGCCUAUGGGAAAAGACCAAGAGGAUAACAACAAACUAACAGAGAAACCUGUGGGGACAAAGCAAGAGGCUCAAUCAAGUAAAGAUGAAAAGGAACAUAAACCUGAGGAGUCUGUAAAAGAUAGCAAAGUUGAACUGGUAGACAACAUGAAAACAGAAAAGGAUGCAAGUAUCAGUGCUAAAGGACAAGAAAAGACGCAAAAAGAGCUUUCAAAGGAUGCAGAAGAACAAUCACAACCUGAAAAGUCAAAGAAACAGGAGGACAGCAGAAGCAGUAGUAGUCUAGCAAGUGUGACAAUAGAAAAGGGUGAAACUGGCAAGCUUAAAGAAAUAGAAAAGACACAAGAAGACCUUUCCAAAGUUGUUGAAGAAAAAUCCCAACCUCAAAAGUCUCAAAUACAGGAGGACCAAAAAAGUGUACACAGCAUCAAAACAGAAAAGGUUGAGCAUGCCAAGACUAACGAAACUGAAAAGACACAAGAGGACCUUUCAAAAGUUGUGCCAGAAAAAUCACAACCUGAAAAGUCACAGAUACCAGAGGACCAAAAAAGUGACCGUGUAAAAACAGAAAAGGCUGAACACGCUAAGCCUAAAGAAACAGAAAAGGAUGCAAGUAUCAGUGCUAAAGGACAAGAAAAGACACAAAAAGAGCUUUCAAAGGAUGCAGAAGAACAAUCACAACCUCAAAAGUCAAAGAAACAGGAGGACAGCAGAAGCAGUAGUAGUCUAGCAAGUGUGACAAUAGAAAAGGGUGAAACUGGCAAGCUUAAAGAAAUAGAAAAGACACAAGAAGACCUUUCCAAAGUUGCUGACGAUAAAUCCCAACCUCAAAAGUCUCAAAUACAGGAGGACCAAAACAGUGUAGACAGCAUCAAAACAGAAAAGGUUGAGCAUGCCAAGACUAACGAAACUGAAAAGACACAAGAGGACCUUUCAAAAGUUGUGCCAGAAAAAUUGCAACCUGAAAAGUCACAGAUACCAGAGGACCAAAAAAGUGACAGUGUAAAAACAGAAAAGGCUGAACAUGCUAAGCCUAAAGAAACAGAAAAGACACACAAGGACCUCUCCAAAGAUGAGGAAGAAAAAUCACCUGAAGAGUCAAAGAAACAACAGGAGAGCAAAAGCGAUAGCAGUUCUGAAAGUGCAACAACAAGUGGAGGGGAAGCUAAAGUCCCAGAGAAACAGGUUGAUGAAACACUGAGUAAUCAACCCCCCAAAACUCAGGAAAUAACAUCUGAUGCAAAGUCUGAGCAAAAGGAUAUUAAAAAAAGCAAAGUGGAGAUGCUUGAUAAAACUGUAGAGGUGGAUAAUGUGACAACCAAAGGCAGUGGAACGAGCGAAGAUGUUAAAAGUGAAGAAACUCUUCCAAAAGACAGUGGUGCACAUGAACAGGUCAAAGAGAGCAGCAAGCAGGACAACGUGGACAUCAAAGCUCCAGAAGAAACAAUUAAGCCCUCUAGUGGAAUGUAGAAAAUAAACAGCAGGGAAAAAAAAUUGAAAAGAGAAUGUUCAAAUAGCCCGCUUUG